AUGCAGCUCCAAUCGAGAAUACGCAAUCCUCUGGUUUCACCUCAUAAAUCCCGCCGCUCAACCUCUACUUGUCGUGGGCUGUACGACUCGCUGCGCCGCUCACUCAUCCCACCCAUCGUCAUUCGAUAG